GAUGCAAUAAAACCAGGAAUUGUACUUUGACCUGUACUUUAGCUUUAGACAGGCUACUUCAGGAUAGAAAGCUGAUCAAACAGAUGGGAAGUUCUUUACAGAGUGUGUAAAUCUUUAGAAUACACUUCUCAUAUCUAAACUCAGCACACUGAUGCGGUUUAAAAAGCUGCUUCUAUUUAUUCUUAAAAGAGUUUGAGAUCUGAACUGAAGCACGAAGACAGAGUGCAGGUGAAAGUGAAAGCAGGGAAAUGAAGCUGAGAUUUCUUGGGAGGACCUGUCUCGUUGUCUUGAGUUUGCUACCAGCUGUUUCUACACAGAGAGGUGGAUGGCGUGUCGUUGGCUCUGAUCAUCCUGUCAUUGCUGAGCCUGGUGAUGAUGUCAUCCUGCCCUGUCACAUUUCACCCAGAGUCAGUGCUGUGGACAUGGAAGUGAGGUGGUACAGGGACAGAUUUGACACGCCUGUUCAUUUAUAUCUGAACCAAAGGGAUCAGCUCAGCAGACAGGACAGUGACUACAGGGGCCGCACUGCUCUCUCUCCCUCUGCACUGGAAACAGGCGAUAUCUCACUGAGACUGAGAUACAUCCGGCCCUCUGAUAGAGGCGUCUAUACCUGCUUUGCUGAUGAUGGAAGUCAGUAUGAAGAAGGACAGGCUAAAGUGAUAGUCGCAGCUCUGGGGACCCAGCCCUCAAUCUCUAUGGACUCUACACAAGGAGAGCAGACCCAUCUGGUGUGCAGAUCAGAGGGGUGGGACCCUGAACCUGAAGUGAUCUGGAGAGACAGGGAUGGAAACGAUGUGACAUCACUGUCCAACACAACACUGCUGAGAGUCAGUCAGGGGCUCCGCAGUGUCAGCAGCUACAUCAAAAUCAAACAGCAGUCCAACAUGUUCUCCUGUCUGGUUAGAAGUAAAAUACCCAAACCAGACUGGGAAUCCAAACUCCACAUAUCCAGUGAUUUUUUCCCAGGAGUCUCUGGAUGGAUGGUGGCUUUCUUCUUGACUUUAGCUCUCAGUAUUGGAGCCAUUCCUCUGCUUGUGAUCCAAUGGAGUAGAAUGGAUGCCAUGGAGAGACAGUUUGAGCCUAUGGCUGCUCUGUAUCUUUAUCAGAACCUUCGUAAGGAACUUGGUAAGAAUCGUUUUUUAUUUUCAGAAUUACCAGAAAGCUUUCUAUCCUUCUAUCUGUCUGUGUGUCUGUGUUAGCUUUCUAUCCUUCUAUCUGUCUGUGUGCCUGUGUUAGCUUUCUAUCCUUCUAUCUGUCUGUGUGCCUGUGUUAGCUUCCUAUCCUUCUAUCUGUCUGUGUGCCUGUGUUAGCUUUCUAUCCUUCUAUCUGUCUGUGUGUCUGUGUUAGCUCUUGAUCCUUCUAUCUGUCUAUGUGUCUGUGUUAGCUUUCUAUCCUUCUAUCUGUCUGUGUGUCUGUGUUAGCUUUCUAUCCUUCUAUCUGUCUGUGUGUCUGUGUUAGCUUUCUAUCCUUCUAUCUGUCUAUGUGUCUGUGUUAGCUUUCUAUCCUUCUGUCUGUGUGUCUGUGUUAGCUUUCUAUCCUUCUAUCUGUCUGUGUGUCUGUGUUAGCUCUUGAUCCUUCUAUCUGUCUAUGUGUCUGUGUUAGCUUUCUAUCCUUCUAUCUGUCUGUGUGCCUGUGUUAGCUUUCUAUCCUUCUAUCUGUCUGUGUGUCUGUGUUAGCUUUCUAUCCUUCUAUCUGUCUGUGUGUCUGUGUUAGCUCUUGAUCCUUCUAUCUGUCUAUGUGUCUGUGUUAGCUUUCUAUCCUUCUAUCUGUCUGUGUGCCUGUGUUAGCUUUCUAUCCUUCUAUCUGUCUGUGUGUCUGUGUUAGCUUUCUAUCCUUCUAUCUGUCUGUGUGUCUGUGUUAGCUUUCUAUCCUUCUAUCUGUCUGUGUGCCUGUGUUAGCUUUCUAUCCUUCUAUCUGUCUGUGUGUCUGUGUUAGCUUUCUAUCCUUCUAUCUGUCUGUGUGUCUGUGUUAGCUUUCUAUCCUUCUAUCUGUCUGUGUGUCUGUGUUAGCUUUCUAUCCUUCUAUCUGUCUGUGUGUCUGUGUUAGCUUUCUAUCCUUCUAUCUGUCUGUGUGUCUGUGUUAGCUCUUGAUCCUUCUAUCUGUC